AUGUUUUCUAAGAGCUUAGAUAAGUUGAAAACUUCCUUAAAAAAUCGCAUAGCACAUUUGAAAUAUUAAUACUAUUUUCCUUUAGUAGAAAAGAUUUAUCAUAAAUCUUACUUAAAGGAAGCAAAUGAAAUGUUUGAAAAAAGCUAAUUAACAAAAUAGAAAAAAGAGGUUAAAAUUCCUGUUUUUGUGAACGAGAAGUACAACAAAGUCUUUUAAUAAUUUUGUAAGAGCGAAAUCACAGAAUUUGGUUUUGAAUCAAAUAAAACUAGUUUGUGUGUUGUUUUAGGACCAAAAGGAAUAGGAAAGACAUCAUUUAUAAGAUCAAAUUUAUAAAAAUUAAUUACAUAAAGGAACAAAUAUAAGGUUUAGGAUGCAAAUUGGUAUAACAUUUAAACUUUUAAUUGCUCGUCCUUUGGGAUACUAAAUUAUGAUACAUUUAUUAAUAAUUUUGAAAACACUCUUAUCAAUUCUAUUCAUUAGUAAUUUAGCAAGGUUGCAUCAAAUCCUAAGCUGUACUUUUAACAAAAUGAAUCUUAAUUUAAUGCUAUUAAUAUAAUAAAAGAAAUAUUAUAUGAACAAUAUGCUAAAGAAUUUUUAAAUUUAUAUGCAAGAGAUAUGAUUGGAGCAUUAAUCAAUGAUGAAGAAAUAUUUAUAAAAAUUUCUGAUCAUGUCAAAAUUGGCUUAAGUGAUCUUUUUUAAACUAAAAUGGUAGAAGAAUCAGCAGAUUUUAGUGAAGUUUUUGAAUAAAUUGUAGAAGUUUUAUAGUCUGAUUUUGAAAGCGAUGGAAUAAAAACUGCUAUCUUAAUUUGUGUUUCUCUCCUUUCUCGUAUUGAGUAUGAAAACAGACCUCCAAAGCUUAAAGAUGUUUACUAUAGAAAUGGUCUAAUUGUUAAUUCAUUUUUAUUUGAUGCAAUCAACUAUUUAGAAGGAUAUCAUCCAUGCAAUAAAACAUAAACACAGUUUGCUCAAAAUGUUAUAGUUUUAGAAAACUUUGAUAAUUUAUUUUGUGGCUAUUAAAAUGAUGUAAGAUUUUAUGAUUUCUAAGAUCACUUGCUAUUACGUUUAUAUUCUACUGAUAGAGAAAGGAACCACUUUCCUGUAGUUAUUGAGUCGUCAAAUUCUCGCUUUUUUACAAUGGAAAUGUUUGAUAUGAUGCAUGCCCCUUACAAUACUUAUGGCACAAUCGAACUAUAUGGUGUUCCUGAAGAGCAAUUAAGAUCCCAAUAUGAUUAAGUUUUCUCUAUAAGAUAAAUAGAUCUUCUCAAAAAAGUAAUUGGAGGAAACACAAAUACAUGGUCCAGAUUAUUAGAAAAUGUUAUAUUGACUAAAAAAAUAGAAUAGAAAUAAAGUAAUGAGAAAAAUAAGGCACCAGAUUAAAAAAAGUAGAUUGUCACUUUCAGUGAUAUUUUAAAUCUUUAGACUGAAUUUUUCUAAAGGGAGUACAUCUAAUUUAAGUCAAAAAUUUAAUAAAUAUAUUUAGACAACACUUUAGCUUAGUUAUUAGAUGGAGUAGAUGUUCAAGACAGAGAUAUAUAAAGUGAAAAAAAACAAAAAGACCCUGCAGAAAAUGAUAAAAUUAUUACAUUUUAUCUAAUUGAUACUUUAAAUACUUUAGUUAAAAAUUAUGGAACUUUAUAAACAGGAAGCGAAUAUGCCUAAUUUAGAAUUUUAGAAAAUCAUGUAGUUAAAGCUCUUUUAUCAUAAAAUAUCUUGUAUUCUAGAUAUUAUUAUUCAUAUAUAAUGUUUGAUAAAUAUGUUUACAACUCAUUUGCUAAAAAAUACGUUUAAGAAUUGUGGUCAUCUCUAUCUCUAAAAGAAAAGAUUGAUUAUUUUAUUUGGUGGAAAAAAAAUGGAAUUGAAAAAAGUUCUCUCUUAGUUUAUAAUAUAAGUGGGCUUGGUUAUGAAGAUUAACCCAUGAACGCGAAGGAUUUCUAAAACUUUAAGCUUAAUCCUGAGCUUUUCUAAGAAAAGGGAAUAGACUAUUAAGUCGAGUAUUUAACCAUAAAAGAAAUUUUAAUUUCGAAAUUGUUAAAAAAAUGA